UCUCCCUCCCUCCCUCCCUCUUCACCCUCCUAUUUCUCUUCCCCCCUCGCAAAUUUCAUUAAUUCCUAUUUGAUUUAGUGAUCAGGUGGCUGUAAUCUCGUAAUCCAUGACGAUGAUGACUCCGCAGCCAUUGGAUGAUGAUGAAGAUGAAGAAAUGCUGGUGCCAAACUCAGAUUCGGUUGAAGUUCCCCAGCCUUUAGUUGAAGGACCUCUUCCAAUGGAAGAGGAAAAUGCUGGGAUCUUGGAGAAUCUGGCCUUGGGUAAACCACAAGCUUCACGUUUCUCGUGGACAAUAGAGAACUUUUCUCGAGUGAAUGUGAAGAAGCUCUAUUCAGAUGUCUUCGUUGUUGGGAAUUAUAAAUGGCGGGUGCUUAUUUUUCCUAGGGGGAACAAUGUGAACGCCUUGUCAAUGUAUUUGGAUGCGGCUGAUUGUGCUACCUUACCAUAUGGGUGGAACAGAUAUGCGCAGUUUAGCUUGGCUAUAGUUAAUCAAAUGGAUAACAAGUUGACAGUGAAAAAAGAUUCCCAGCACCAGUUCAACCAAAGGGAGAUUGAUUGGGGUUUCACGUCUUUCAUGCCUCUUAGUGAGCUGUAUGACACCAACAAGGGUUACCUAAUGAAUGAUACUUGUAUUGUCGAAGCUGAUGUUGCUGUACGUGAAGUCAAUGAUAUUUGGAUAUAUGACUCAAAGAAAGAAACUGGCUUUGUUGGACUUAAGAACCAGGGAGCAACUUGUUAUAUGAAUUCUCUGCUCCAAACUUUGUACCACAUUCCUUACUUCAGAAAGGCUGUAUAUCACAUGCCAACAACUGAGAAUGAUAACCCUACAGGAAGCAUACCUUUGGCAUUACAGAGUUUAUUUUAUAAGCUCCAGUAUCAUGACACCAGCGUAGCUACAAAAGAAUUGACUAAAUCAUUUGGAUGGGACACGUAUGAUUCCUUUAUGCAACAUGAUGUGCAAGAACUGAACAGAGUUUUGUCUGAAAAGCUUGAAGACAAGAUGAAGGGAACUGUUGUGGAAGGAACUAUACAAAAAUUGUUUGAAGGAAACCAUAUGAAUUACAUAGAGUGCAUCAACGUAGAUUUCAAGUCUACUAGAAAAGAAUCAUUUUAUGACCUUCAGCUUGAUGUAAAAGGUUGUAAGGAUGUUUAUGCUUCAUUUGACAAGUAUGUAGAAGUCGAACGUCUUGAGGGAGAUAACAAAUAUCAUGCAGAAGGACAUGGUAUGCAGGAUGCAAAGAAGGGUGUCUUGUUCAUCAACUUCCCUCCAGUUCUCCAGCUUCAAUUAAAACGUUUUGAAUAUGAUUUUCUGAGGGAUACAAUGGUUAAGAUAAAUGACCGAUAUGAAUUUCCAUUGGAGCUUGAUCUAGAUAGGGACAAUGGAAAGUAUUUGUCACCAGAUGCAGAUAGAAGCAUACGAAACCUCUACAUACUUCACAGUGUUUUAGUUCACAGCGGCGGGGUGCAAGGUGGACACUAUUAUGCUUUUAUCAGACCAAAACUUUCUGACCUGUGGUAUAAGUUUGAUGAUGAGAGGGUCACGAAAGAAGACGUGGAGAGGGCACUAGAGGAUCAGUAUGGUGGUGAAGAAGAGUUUCCACAGACAAAUCCUGGCUACAACAAUACUCCAUUCAAAUUUACAAAAUGCUCGAAUGCAUACAUGCUUGUGUAUAUACGAGUGAGCGACAAGGAUAAGAUUAUAUGUGAUGUGGAUGAGAAGGAUAUUGCAGAACAUCUUCGGAUAAGACUGAAAAAAGAACAAGAAGAAAAGGAAGACAAGAGAAGAUACAAAGCACAAGCCCACCUUUACACUAUCAUCAAGGUUGCUCGAGAUGAGGAUUUAAAAGAACAGAUAGGAAAGGAUGCCUAUUUUGAUCUUGUAGAUCAUGAUAAAGUCCGUAACUUCCGUAUCCAGAGGCAGAUGCGUUUUAAUAUCUUCAAGGAAGAAGUUGCAAAAGAGUUUGGUAUUCCAGUUCAAUUUCAGCGCUUCUGGAUGUGGGCAAAAAGGCAGAACCACACUUACCGCCCAAACCGACCAUUGACACCCCAGGAUGAAGCUCAAACUGUUGGAUCUUUAAGGGAAAUAUCCAGUAAAGUGUACGGUGCAGAGUUGAAAUUAUUUCUGGAAGUAGAGUUUGGACUGGAUUUACAAUCAAUCCCUCUACCAGAAAUAACUAAGGAUGACAUACUCCUCUUCUUUAAGCUUUAUGAUCCCGAAAAAGAAGAGCUCCGCUACGCUGGGAGGCUUCUUGUCAAGGGCACAGCAAAGCCCAUUGAAAUCCUAUCAAAGUUAAAUGAAAUGGCUGGAUUUUCCCCUGAUGAAGAAAUUGAACUUUUUGAGGAAAUAAAAUUUGAGCCAUCUGUAAUGUGCGAAUGCCUUCAUAAAAGAGCUUCAUUUUUGUCCAGUCAGAUCGAAAAUGGGGAUAUUAUUUGCUUCCAGAAACGACCUUCAGAUAAAUGGAAAGACAAAAUACGUUUCCCUGAUGUUCCUUCAUACUUGGAGUAUGUGAAAAAUCGCCAGGUUGUGCAUGUUCGAGCCUUGGAGAGGCCCAGGGAAGAUGCAUUUUGCCUAGAACUAGCGAAGAAUCACACAUAUGAUGAUGUCGUGGAAAAAAUUGCCCAGCAACUUGGCUUGGAGGAUCCAUCCAAAAUUAGGCUUACUCCUCACAAUUGCUAUUCUCAGCAACCAAAGCCAAAUCCGAUCAAAUAUAGAUCAGUUGAUCAUCUGCAAGAGAUGCUUAUGCACCACAACCAGAUCUCCGAUAUAUUGUAUUAUGAAGUGCUGGAUAUUCCGCUUCCAGAGUUGCAGUGUAUAAAGAAUCUGAAAGUCACCUUCCAUCAUGCUACAAAAGAUGAGGCUGCUGUUGUCAAUAUUAGAUUGCCAAAGCAAAGCACUGUUGGGGAUGUUCUCAAUGAGAUCAAGAAAAAGGUAGAAUUGUCUCAACCAAAUGCUGAGCUUAGGUUGCUUGAAGUUUUCUGUCAUAAAAUUUACAAGAUUUUCCCCAUCCUUGAGAAAAUUGAGAACAUAAAUGACCAGCAUUGGACUUUGCGCUCUGAGGAGAUUCCGGAAGAAGAAAAGAAUCUUGGGCCCAACGAUCACUUGAUUCAUGUUUACCAUUUUACAAAGGAGGUUUCCCAGAAUCAAGUGCAAGUACAGAAUUUUGGGGACCCAUUUUUGUUGGCUAUUCAUGAAGGUGAAACAGUAGCAGAUAUUAAACUCCGCAUUCAAAAGAAAUUGCAGGUCCCAGAUGAAGAGUUUUCAAAGUGGAAGCUUGCAUUGCUGUCCUUGGGAUGUCCAGAGUAUCUUGAAGACUCUAAUGUUGUCUCCAGUCGUUUCCAGGUCCAGAGAAGAGAAGUUUAUGGUGUUUGGAAGCAGUACCUUGGGCUAGAGCACUCUGUUACUCCACCUAAAAGGGCAUAUACUAUUGUGAACCAGACUCGCCACACAAUUGAUCAUCAGGCGGUUAGAAUAUCCAAUUGAAGUUGGGUUGGUGCCUUGAACUAAAAUGAAAAAGAAAACAAGAAGUGUGGAUAUUGGGAGGAGAGUUGAGGCAGAGAUAUGCUCGGCUCGGGGUAAUUUUCUGGAUUCAGGCAGUGGAAAUUGCGUUUUGUGUUCCGGUCACCAGAUUUCCCUGCAGUAGGCGAGAAUUAUUACAUUGCCUGAGCAUGAAAGAUCGUUCAUAACAGGACUUUGGCUGGAUAGGGUCGGUAAAGUGAGUAUAGAUAGUACUCUUUGUGUUUCUUAGGUCAUUUUUUCUGUUCAUCCUCAAAUUUUAUAUCCAUUUGUUUUGUUCAUUCUUAAUGCCAUAUAUCAAGGGAAUGUGGUGGUAAAAUAAUCAUUUCUCUUAUUUUUGAAAUAGAUAUUUCUAGCCAUUACUUUUGAAAAUAGAUAUUUCUAUGUUGCUAUGCGAUUUUUCAGUAUGUUUUGUGUGUAUAUGUAUAUAAGUUAAUGGAUUUGCCUCGUUGUUAAAUUCUCCAUGAACCUUGUGACCUUUAUUGUGAUUCUCAAAAUAAUGAAGUUCACAUGAGAUUUCACUUUU